AUUUUCAAGAGAGUUUAAGUUAUAUACACUGUGAGUAUAAUUUUUUUUUAUACCAUUAGGUCAUUCUUACCUAUUGUAGCUUGCAACUUGUCUAAUUUCAAAAAUUAUAAAUCUCACAUUUUAAAGAAGCUUACCUACAAAUAUCUCUGAUUGACCUCAUACUCUAAAAAGGAUUUACAUUGGCAUUAUAUAUAAGUUAAACUAUUUUCAAGAUCACAAAUUCCGCAUCUUACGGAUUUAUCCAUAAAAAAAUAUUAAAAAAUUACACUAACCGUAUAUAUAACUUAAAUUUUGAAAUAAAUCCCUAUUAUUAUUAUUAUUAUUAUUAUUAUUAUUAUUAUUAUUAAUAACAAUUAAAAAAAAAAAAAAAAACAUGUCCCACAAGAGAGGGCCAUCUCUUUGGACAAGUGCAAUCUAUGAUUUUUGAAAACAAAAGCCUAAAGUUUGACAAAAUAUGGCCAAAAAACUACUCAACCAACAGCAAGAUCUCCAACUUGUGUCUUUGUCCUCUUAUUUUCUUCUUGUCUUAACAACAUUUCACAUUUUUGUUUCUACUUAAUUUCUCUAAAUUCAAAUAAAUUCAAUAACCUUUUCUCUUCACCACGGCCAUGGACAAGCACCACCAUCACCACCAGAUGCCUCUAACCAAGUCUGCUUCACGCCAGAGAUAUAACGAAUGGGUAUUUCGAGAUGUUCCCAGUGAUAUAACAAUAGAAGUGGAUGGUGGCAUAUUUUCAUUACACAAGUUUCCCCUUGUCUCGAGAAGUGGACGAAUCCGGAGGCUUGUAGCAGAGCACAGGGACUCUGAUAUAUCAAGAAUUGAGCUUGUUAGUCUACCAGGUGGAUCAGAAUCAUUUGAGUUAGCAGCCAAAUUCUGUUAUGGUGUCAACUUUGAGAUUACAUCAGCAAAUGUUGCUCAACUCUGUUGUGUAUCCGAGUACCUCGAGAUGUCAGAGGACUACUCGAAAAACAACCUCGGUUCCCGAGCUGAGGAAUAUCUCGACAGCAUUGUAUGCAAGAAUCUUGAAAUGUGUGUUGAAGUCUUGAGGCAAUGCGAAAACUUGCUCCCGCUUGCUGAUGAGCUGAAAAUCGUUGGUAGAUGUAUCGAUGCUGUAGCGUCUAAAGCUUGUGUUGAGCAGAUCGCUUCAAGUUUCUCGCGCUUGGAGUAUAGUAGCUCCGGGAGGCUGCAUAUGAGUAAACAAGCCAAUUGUGAAGACUGGUGGAUUGAGGAUCUUUCAGUUCUUCGUAUCGACUUGUACCAACGUGUCAUAACAGCGAUGAAGUUUCGCGGUGUUAGGCCCGAGAGCAUUGCAGCAUCACUAGUGAGCUAUGCACAGAAAAAGCUGAUACAAAAGCCCGUUUCCGGUUCAAAUGUCCAAGAAAAACUCGUGGUUGAGACAAUCGUGAGCCUGAUGCCUGUAGAGAAAUUCGUCAUUCCCUUGAGCUUUCUCUUUGGAUUGUUGCGAAGCGCUGUGAUGCUGGAUUGCACGGCCGCUUGUAGGCUUGAUCUCGAGAGACGGAUAGGAUCUCAAUUGGAUAUAGCUACUCUGGAUGAUAUUCUAAUUCCUUCGUUUCGCCAUGCUGGUGAUACAUUAUUUGAUGUUGACACAGUGCAUAGAAUCUUGGUUAAUUUUUCACAGCAGGAGGGCGAUAGCGAUGAUGAUAUGGAAGAUGUAUCAGUUUUUGAAUCUGAUAGCCCUACUGCAACGCCAUCGCAAACUGCAUUGUUCAAAGUAUCUAAGCUGGUUGACAACUACCUAGCUGAAAUUGCACCAGAUGCAAAUCUAAAGCUGAACAAGUUCAUUGCUGUAGCAGAAACAUUACCAGCACACGCGCGUACUGUCCACGAUAGCCUUUAUCGAGCCAUUGACGUGUAUCUCAAAGCUCAUCAAGGCUUAUCAGAUCCAGACAAGAGGAGACUAUGCAAAUUGAUUGAUUUUCAAAAGCUCUCACAAGAAGCAGGUGCACACGCUGCACAAAACGAGCGCCUUCCCCUCCAAUCAAUCGUACAAGUUCUCUAUUUCGAGCAAUUAAGGCUUCGAAGCGCCUUGUUUUGCUCGUACCCUGACGAUGACAUUAAGCCAAUGCACCAAUCUUGGAGGAUCAAUAGUGGUGCUCUAAGUGCGGCAAUGUCUCCAAAGGACAAUUAUGCUUCGUUGAGACGAGAAAAUAGAGAGCUAAAACUUGAACUAGCGCGGAUGAGGAUGAGAUUGAACGACUUGGAAAAAGACCAUGUUUGUAUGAAGAGAGAUAUGCAAAAAUCUAGCUCGCGAAGGUUUAUGAAAUCUUUCUCGAAAAGGAUUGGAAAAAAGUUCAAUAUUUUCGGACAUAGUUCUUCCAGGGAGUCUACUUCUCCCUCGAGGCACUCAGAAAGAACUGAUUCUAAGAUAACUGAUAGAACGUAACUAUCGAUGAAAUCUUAAUCGGAUAAUGUGUUUGCUUGUAAUAUUUGUUCCAGUUCACAACCCCUAUUUUCUCCCAAAUCUUGUAUAGGAGCUGCAAAGAUAUGCUUUUUGGUAAGCCAAUUUUUUUUUUGUUUUUGGAUAAGGCUAUAGAGUUUUUGUGACUGAGGGGCGAUGAAGGAUGUUAUCUUAUUAGAUGUAUACAUUUUGAAUUUUUGUUUUGCAUAUGUAUACGUAGUUCAAGCUGAAAGCAAUGCAUUCAGUUGAACCCACAGAACUCGCCCUAGAUCCGCCUCUGCAGUGACGGUGCAGGCUAAGGUCACAUCUUGCAAGCUCGGACUCUUAUUAUGAACUUCACAAUGUACUCAAACUCAAUCUGCAAGCUGAGUUUGAGCAAAUCUGUUUGGAGCAAAGCCUUCGGGUCAAACUGCAGACUUUGAAACUCGGAGAUGUUGGGCCUAGGAUUCAUUCUUCAGGACUUUUGCAACAAUAAUAAGCUCUUUAU